GUGUUUUGGGGGCUCAGAGGGGGGCACCCACUGCCCCCUGCCCCAGCUCCUCCCUGCGACUCCGUCCCAGCUGCUGGGCAGUCCCAAGGGCAGGGAGAAAAAGCCUCCCAGCUCUUCCCAGCUGGCCACACUGGUUCCAAAGCCAGCGUACUGGUUUGUAGGGCCGCUGCGCCCUGGGGGACCAUGGGGACAGCCCCAGAUGAACGCAGAGCUUCAGGAGCCCCGCGGGGCUCUGCCCAAGGACCAGGCAGGAUCCGACCCCGCAGGCUGCGUGCAGGGGGGGGGCGGGAGGGCCAGAGGAGGGGCCCUGCUCUCCUGCUCUCCUCCUCCGGCACCGAGGAGCGCGGAGGGAGCAGCUGGGGCUGUCCCCUCCUGCCGCCGCACAGCGCUCCCCGGCUCCAUCCUCUCCCCCUGCGCAGCCGCUCCGCUGGCCGGGCAUCCUCCCGCUGGCUCCUGCGGCGCGGAUGAGGACGGGGAGAGGGAGCUGAGGGGCCCCCCCGGCACAACAGGCAGCGGCAGAGCCCCCCCUCCAACGGGGAGCAGCCCCUUCCCCUGGCCACCAUGGUGGUUUUCAUGGGCAGGAACCUCUCCUCGCUUCUGGCGUUCUUCAAGAAGGGCUCUGCCAAGGCUGAGAACGACAAGCGGCUGAGCGUGCAGUACAAGCCGGGCGAGGAAUGCCCCGACAACGUCUUCUUCCCCAGCACGCGGCCCCCGCACCUGGAGGAGCUGCACAACCAGGCCCGCGAGGGGCUCAAGUCCCUGCAGCACCAAGAGAAGCAGAAGCAGACCAAAAGUGCCUGGGACCACGGGGACACCAACAGCCUCCAGUCCUGCGCGUCCUCGGAGGAUGACAGCGUGUCCUUCCGCAGCCGGGCGGCUUCCUGCCUCACCGACAGCACCUCCGAGGACGCCCUCUCCAUCCGCUCCGAGAUGAUCCAGCGGAAAGGUUCCACCUUCCGUCCGCACGACUCCUUCGCCAAAUCUUCGGAGAGGGCUGGCAGGAAGAGGAAGGAGAGGAGGACAACGGUGCUGGGCAUCCCCCAGCAUGUCCAGAAGGAGCUGGGUCUCAGGAACAGCCGGGAGGCCAAGGGACACGCUGCCAACGGGCGCGGGGGCAGCCAGGCACCGCAGCCCUUGCUGAACGGCGGGCAGGUCUCCGGCGAUGCCAUCCGCAUCCCCACCAUUGACGGGAACCUGCCACCACUGGACGUCCCCGGCGGUGCCCGCGUCCGCCUGGGAGCCUUGGAGGAGGCGGACAAAGCCCUGCAGAAGCACAUCGACCGCGUUUACUACGACGACACGUUGCUGGGGAGGAAGACGGCGGCCAAGCUGUCACCCAUGGCGAGGCCGAAGUCACUGGCGGUGCCGGGCAUGACCACCAGCGCCAGCCCCCAGGAGCUGCUGAGCCCCGUCAUGUCCAUCUCGCCCCAGGGCACCUACAUGUCCAAGAUCAUCCCCAACGCCAUCCUGCCGCCCAUGGUGGACGUGGUGGCCCUGACGCGCAGCAGCGUGCGGACGCUGAGCCGCUGCAGCCUGGUGUCAUCCAGCCCAGCCUCGGUGCGCUCCCUCACCCGCUUCUCGGAGCACAGCGCCCGCAGCCGCGAGCCCUCCUCCUCCAGCGACAACUGGAGCCACUCGCAGUCCACCGAGACCAUCGUCUCCAACAGCUCCACCAUCUCCUCGCAGGGCGGCUCCGACCGCCGCCAGGCCGAGGCGGGGCCGCGCAGCGAGGUGGACGCAGCGGGACGCUCCGACACCGAUCAGGUCAGCGUCUACAGCUCCGCCAGCUUCGCCAGCACCUGCUCCAAGCCCGCCGUGGCCCCUGCGCACACAGCGCACGGGCUGCUGGCCGUGGGGCCCCGCAGCGUGAGCGGCAGCAGUGGCCGGGCGUCCCCCGCCUUCAGCACGAGCAGCCAGGCAGAGGGCUCAGACACGGGCAGCCUGGCAAGCGAGCGCUCCUCGGCACGCAGCGUCUCCCUCAGGAAGAUGAAGAAGCCCCCGGCGCCCCCUCGCAGGACCUAUUCUCUGCACCAGAAGGUGGAAGAGGGGGAACCCAAGGUGCUGGGGCUGCCCCCUAAGCCUGACCGGCGGCCCCAGCGGGAGAGCGGCGUGCCCUGGUCGCCCCGCUCCGAGCCCUUCAGCCCGACGGUGGAGGACGAGGUUUUCUCCCCGUCAUCGCUGAGCGAGACCAGCAGCGUCCGCUCUGAGAGCCUGGCUGGCACCAGCUCCCCCGAGGCUUCGCGGGGCAGCCCCGGGCCGGGUGACCGUGGCGUGACGGUGGUGCUGAGAGAACCCACGGCUCAGCCCAAGUGGAGCUGCCUGGACGGCUCCGACCUGACCAUGUCCCCCUCCAGCGGCUACUCCAGCCAGAGCGGGACCCCCACGCUGCCCACCAAGGGGCUGAGCCCCCCGGCUGCGUCCCCGGGCAGGGUCCAGCCCCAGAAGCCGGACCGGGUGUGCUCCUUGCAGUCCCCGGCGCUGUCUGUCUCGUCCUCCCUCACCUCCAUCUCUUCCUCGGCCUCGGACCCGGCUCCCUCGGAGACGCCGAACUGCGCGCAGAGCCGCUCGGACAGGUUUGUCAUCCCGCCGCACCCCAAGGUGCCCGCUCCUUUCUUCCUGCCACCCACAAAGCUCCAGCCACCCGCAGCCCCCGCCGCCCCCCUCGCCCCCUCGCCAGACCCACCGGUGCCCAGUAUCACCAGCCAGGAGCCCUCCACCAAGCCCGGCACCAAGUCUCCUCCGCCAUCACCGCCUCCUGCCUACCACCCGCCUCCACCGCCGGCUAAGAAGGUGGAGGCGAGCCCGGAGCCUGCCUGCGAGGCCCCUGCGGAGGCCACCUGGCCCCCGCCACCCCCGCCGGCCCCCGAGGUGCACGACCUGUCCAUGGCGGACUUUCCCCCUCCGGAUGAAGCCUAUUUCUCCAGCCUGCCCCUGCCAGAUGCCGUGCCGGCUCCGGCAGCUGGGCAGAAGCAGGCCCCGAACCCGGAGGCUGCAUCUUCCUCGUUAUCGGCCGCCAUCUCCUCGCGUGUCCAGCAGCAGGACCCUCCAGCCGGGGCAGCGCGGCCGCCGUCCCCCGCCAAGCCUCCCCCCGAGGCCGUCGUGCCCCCGCCGCCUCCUCUCCCCCCACCCUCAGCUCCGGCUCCGCCGCCCCAACCCGGCCUGAAGAAGGCUGCGAACGGCUCCCGGGCGGAUGCCAAGAAGGAGCCGGUGUCACGGAGCAAGAGCGGCCCGGUGCCCAAGGAGGACGCCAGCCUGCCCAUCGUCACGCCCUCGCUGCUGCAGAUGGUGCGGCUGCGCUCCGUCAACGUGGAGCCACCCGCCGGGGCCGGGGCAGGGGCUGGGGCCGAGGAGCGGCUGGUGCCCCAAAAGCCCGUCCGCCGGGCCCUGUCCACGCGGCAGCCCCCUCCUGCCAAAGACGCGGUGCCUUCGAACCAGCUCCACGCCGCCGUGCACCUCAAGGCGGCCGCUUUGUCUGCCGGCGAGGCUGCAGCAGCCUCCGGGCCGGUUGAGAAACCCCCGGGCAGCAAAACGGCUCAGCCCGGCCCCGAGGGGCCGCCCGCGGAUGGGCAGCUCUCCCCCAGGCACAAAUCUCCCACCUCCACUGCCAGCUUCAUCUUCGCCAAGAGCUCCAAGAAGCUGGUGAUCGAGACGCCCUCGUCGCCCGAGGUGCAGGCUGACCUGAAGAGGAACUUGGUGGCUGAGCUGAUGAAUUUCUCCGGGCAGCGCUCGGCGGCCCCGGCCGCUACCCAGCAGGGCCCAGGGAAAUCACAAGCGCUCCGAAAGCCCGGCAAGGUGCCCCCGCCUGUCGCCAAGAAGCCUUCGCUCGGCCCAGGGCCGGCCCCAUCCCCCCUGAGCCCCAAAGCACCCGAGGCUCUGGGCUCCCCCGUGCCGGACGGGAAGGCCAAGGCAGCCCCGGUGGAGGAGAGCAGGACUCAGAGCGAGCCGGCAGCUACGGCCGAGGGCAGGAGCGCUGCAGCCCCGGGCACGGAGCCACCGGCACAAGACAGACGAGGAGAGACAGCCUGAAGGACGGCGCUGCAGGACUCGUGCCCCCGCAGACAGGAAUCCAAAUCUCUCAGGGACCUGGGCAGGUCAACAGACAAGCGUGGAACUGGCAACUAACUUAAUACAGGAAGCAAACAGCCUUAGCCUCCAUGGCCUUGAUGAUAUUUAUGCAAAAAUGGUGUUGGUUUCACUUUUCCUAAGUACUACAGCUUUAUUUUGCAAUUUUUGUUUUAUACUGGACUCCGAGGCCCGCGUUUCAGAGCCAGCACCUCCUCCCUGCCGGGCUGCUGCUUGGUUUGUGCGUGCGGAGCGGAGCAGCCGCGCAGCGAGGAGCGCGAGGGGCCAGAACCCACCGGCGAGGACGCGGGAGGAGGCGCAGCCCUCCUGGAUGGGGCUCGGGGCUGGAGCCGCCCCGCGAGGAAUCAAAGCACUUUGGACAAAGGAACUGGAAGGCUGCGGCCACUGGCAGCCCCCAGGAGGACGCAGGCAGCAGCAGCAGGAGGGGAUGGAGGCGCUGGCUGGGGGGCACCGAGCUCCAAGGGGGGGGGGGUCUCGGCCAGCACCGCUCCCAUCCCAGCAGCUCGCCCCACGGCCGGGCACAGCGGGAGCCUCGCAGCUGCCCCCUGAGUUGGAUGUUCAAGCCCUGGGGAAGAGCCUCAAUUUCUGUUUCUGUAACCUUGGGUCACAGUUUGAUUUCUUUGAUUGUAAAAAAAAAAAAAAAACAAAAAACAAACCAAAACGACCAAAAAAUCCUCUGCUGCUGUGUAGCCGCUCAGAGCUCUGUACCUGGCUGGUAAAGACGAUGACUGAAA